GGGCAAUCGUGGAGGUGAUUGGUUUAUUCGAUUGGCACGUUUGGAAUAAAUUGUCGAGCUUCAUCUAUGGCAUUUCUACUUCUGCAUCCGAAUUACAAGCUGCAAACGGUUCCCGUAGUUGAACUAUCGCAAACGCUACGGAGGACAUCACAUGAGCACUACACCAGAGAUGAAAAAAGGUAAUAAAGAAACAAGUGCUACAUGAUUGCUACUGUCAAAGUCCGCUGCCCGCGAGGACGAUUUAGUAUGACUUUCGUGCAGAAAAUGCAAGAAAAUUCCUCCUCGCGGAUUUCAUUUUUUCAAGAUCAAUGAGCCCCCUAAUCUCGACAAAUUGGGCCCGAAGGGAUAGGAAAGAUCAACAGCGCAACCGCAAUUACUUAUGCGAGUGGAGCACAUUAGACAAGCAAGUAAAUUUGUUGUGCAGGAGCUGCGAAAGCGCGUAUUGAAGGUUAAGAGCUUCCGGCAACAAGAAGUAUUUUAGUCGAGGCCACGAAGAUGCAACUAUGUUCCCAGAAAAGAAACCGAGACGUGAAGGUCUCGACGCGGUCACAGAAACCAGAAAUAAUUCGAAGUGAGACGUUCAUCCUUCGGUCGUCAUGCGGCAGUGGUAUUAACGAUCUAAUCGAUUACAUCGAACAAGAGAUGCACCAGGGGGCUAGUUGUUCUAUUUCCUUGUCAAAAAAGAUCCACACCCGUAUUUAUCAGACGAAAAUAGCCUCUUUUAGGUAUUUUAUUUCUGCUCACAGAAUCACUACAGACAUAUCGGUUUCCGGAUCAUUGAGUUGGAUGGUGCAGAUGGUGACAAAAUCUCGAGCUCAGCUGCAAAGAAAAACGCACGACUGGUUGGAGUUCAGCCAAAGUGAAGUUUUUGCGGUUCAGCAUCUGCUGCACGAUGUAUAG